CGCUCAGAGAGAACAAAUAUCCGAGUUUGAAUCACUGGCAGGUCUGCUCACUCCAAGUCAACGCAAACCUAGCAUGCAUGCACCUCAUCAGGGUUUCAACUGCAGGAGUUUUGUUUUAUUUCAGGGGAGAGAUAGUUCCAACUUCAGGGGAUUAAAAUCGUUUUUUUGGAAAAAAUAAAUCAGUUUGAAGGGGAAAAAAAAAAUCAGAAUAAAGUUUUUGUUUUUUCCCCACUGGAGAGGCUACCUGAACUUUCCAGCAGAACAAGGGGUUGUUUUUGCACCCUCCCACCUUGGCAAGCCGUGGCCACUAUGCCGACCCUCAGGCUCCUACUUGUCCUUUGUACCUCUGCGGGGUUGCUGAGUCUGACACUCAGUUCACUGGCCCCGGCGAGCCCACGCUGGCGCUACAAGCGGGCUCUCUCUCCCCGCGGGCAGCCCAGUCUGAGCCCCGGAGAGCAGCGCUGCUGGCCGGCGGGAAGAAGAGGCAGGAGCCGGAGAGCUGCGGCUGCAGCCCAGCUGUCUCUCUACCCCUGGGCUGCGGAGUACGGUCGCCCGGGAGGCGGGGAGAGGAGCGGCUCGUACGCCGAGGGGAGCACCGUUUACCUGGGCGGAGAGAGCAGCGGAUACCCCAGUGAGUGCGGCGGAGCGGGGGCGGCCAGAGCUACCGGCUACCCCAGUGGAUUCAGCGGCUGGGCUACGGCGGUCGAGAGCGCCGGGGGCAUGCCGGCACGACGGGGCUGGCUAUCCGGGCCGUCCGACUGCGAGCCCGCUGCUGUCACGGCUCUUUAUCUGUCGGGUGGCAAGCAACGUCUGAAGCUGCGAUGGGAGCCGAGCAUGCCGCAGGGACAGUUCACCGCCGAGAUGUGGCUGAACCCCGAGGGAGGGCAGGACAACCCGGCUAUCGUGGCAGGACUUUUUGAUAAUUGCUCCUACUCACUCGGUGAGAAAGGCUGGAUGGUCGGCAUUCAAUCAUUGGAAAAUUCUGGAAGGAAGGAUCCGCGUUUUUUCUUCACUCUCCGCACGGACAGAGCCCGGAAAGCCAGCACAGUCUUUGCCCAUCACAACUACCAGCCCAACACUUGGACCUACCUGGCCGUGUCUUAUGAUGGCCAUCAGAUGCUCCUCUACAUCAAUGGAGCCAGGGUUGGUGCCAGCACUGGACAGUUGGGGGAUCUGCACAACAUCUUUAUGAGCUCAUGUCGGACAUUGCUGAUUGGCGGGGACAGAUCGAGGGAGGGACACAGUUUCCGUGGUUACUUGGCCAGCUUUAGCCUGUGGAAGACUGCAAAGUCUCAGGCUGAAUUAGUGAAAAGGUAUCGCCAAAGAACACAGAGAGGAGAUGCUUCCUUGGUGUUGGUGGCGGAUUUCUCCAGGAUGGAAGAACAAUGGAUACCAGAUAAGGACUGUCAUUAUCCCACCCGCGACAUUGUACUUCUUCCAGAGCCUGUGCUGGCAUCACCCUUGAUUCCUCCACUAUGCGGGCUAACGGUUUGUGACAAUAUUGAUGUAAUUAAGAACUACAACAAUUAUUGGCCGCUGAGGGGCGAGAAGCUGAUGUGCUACAGGGUGAUCAACGUUUACGAUGACAAACGACAAAAUCCCACUGUCACAAAGCAGCAGAUUGAGCUCCAACACCAGGUGUUGAACAGGGCCUUCAGCAGGUAUAACAUAACGUGGGAUCUCACCGUCACCGAGAUCCUCAACUCCACCAUUCGGAACCGGAUCAUCCUGGUCAACUGUGAGAAGAGCAAAAUUGGGAACGACCACUGUGACCCCGAGUGUGACCACCCCCUGACUGGCUAUGACGGUGGGGACUGCCGCUACCUGGGGAGGUGCUACGUCUGGAAGAGGCGGGAUGAAGUCUGCAACAUGGAAUGCAACAACUUCCUGGAUAAUUUUGAUGACGGCGAUUGCUGCAAUCCCAUGUUCACGGAUGUGCGGAAAACCUGUUUUGACCCCGACUCUCCAGAAAGGACUUACAUGAGUGUGAAAGAACUGAAGGAGACACUGCAGAUCAAUGGUUCCAUGUAUCUGAAUGUUUAUUUUGCCAAUUCGGUACGGGAGGAACUGGCAGGUGCUGCCACCUGGCCCUGGGAUAAAGAAGCCCUGAGUUACUUGGGUGGGGUUGUCCUAAGUCCAACUUGCUAUGGAAGGCCUGGCCACACCAAUACUAUGAUUCAUGAGCUUGGCCACAUCUUGGGCUUGUUUCAUGUCUUCAAAGGAGUGAGUGAGAAGGAGUCGUGUGAUGACCCUUGCAGGGAGACGAUCCCAUCAAUGGAAACUGGGGACCUGUGCGAGGACACCGCACCAACUGUUAAUAGCAAAGUCUGUCGGGACCCAGAUCCAGUGAAUGAUACGUGCGGUCAAGUGCGAUAUUCUGGCACACCAUUCAACAACUACAUGAGCUACACAGAUGAUAGCUGUACCAAUAACUUUUCACCAAACCAGGUUGCACGAAUGCACUGUUACUUGGACCUGGUAUAUCAAGGCUGGAUUCAUUCUAAAAAACCUGCGCCCAUUUCAGUGGCUCCAGAAGUGAUCGGACAGACUCCGGACUCUGUAACUAUUCAUUGGCUGCCACCAAUCAGUGGGAUGCUGUAUGAAAGAGAGGUGGGUACGUUGUGUGGCGAUUGUGAUGAAGAUGGAAAAUUUUAUCAGUAUGCACACACGGCCUCUUCGCCUCGUAUCUGUGAUAAACCAGGCUACUGGACUCCUGAAGAGGCAGUGGGGGCGCCUGAUGUGGAUGAGCCAUGUGAACCCAGUCUGCAGGCCUGGAGCCCUGAGCUUCACCUUCAACACAUGAACAUGUCGGUGCCUUGUCCCCAGCCCGACGGCUGCAUGCUGGAGGUGCAUUUUGCCUACCCUGUCGUCGCCGACUCUCUCUCUGUCUGGGUGAUCUACCUGUCUGCUGGUUUGGAGAAGGGCAUCUCUGCCAUCAAGAUUGUGACCGUUGACAAACAGGAAAUCCAGCUCGGGGGGUCAUACCAUACUUUUUGCAACGUCCCGCUGUCUGUCAAAGUCAAUGUUAAGAGGAAAGUGGCCGGUGUGAAGAUCUACACCUUUGACGAGAAGAUGGAGCUGGAUGCGGUGCUCUUGACCUCCAGGUCUCAGGACCCCUUGUGCAAUAUGUGCAAGUCCCUGAAGUAUAAGAUUGUGAGGGAACCUCCAUUUCACAAGGGACGAAUGUUGACUGUCACCCAAAAGGAAAGAACAUUCACCGACUGGGAGGUUGUCCCAGGCAGAGUUUACAGCUACCAAGUGAAAGUUACCGCCGGAUCUUUGUCCAGUGAACUGACCCCACCUCUGACCUAUGCCCAUGGUAGUCCCUUCUGUGGGGAUCAGAAAGUAGAAAGGAAUCUCGGGGAAGAAUGUGACGACGGUAAUUUGUUAGAUGGUGAUGGUUGCUCAAGAAAGUGUCAGAAAGAGGAGAAGUUCAACUGUGUGGGUGAGCCUAGCCUCUGCUAUGUGUAUGAUGGAGAUGGAAUCUGCGAGGAAUUUGAGAAAAGUAAAAGUAUUCACGACUGCGGCUUUGCCACACCUAAAGGAUUCACUGAUCAAUGGGCAACAGGAGCCUUGACGUCCCAUCAGGAUGAGAGAAGGUGUCCAGUUCAAAUGGUCACAGGGCAACCUGAUGUAACAAAGGUUUGCCAGACAGCAUUUCUGGAUGAGACCGCCAGGUUGUCUCAGUAUGCCUGGUUUCCAUGCACUGCUUCCUUCUACACUGCUAAUGUCAAUGACUUCAACAAACCUCAUUCAUACCACAGCGUGAAUGAUGAAGAAAAUAUCUGGUUAAAGGUCUUUUUUGAUCGCCCCGAUGUGGCCAGUUCGAUUGUAAUUUAUUUAUCCGCAGAUGGUACAACAUUGUUUGAUCAACAGCGUAAAUCGAUUAUAAUCCAGUUUACUGAUACCAAUGGACGCAACCACACUCUGGGUACUUAUGAGCUGAGUUGCAAAAAGAAUCCGCUGAUCAUAAAUGUGCCUCACAAACUUGACUUCAACCUCCAUAAGAUAGCAUCGGUUCUGCUGAAUGGCUCCUCACCAUUUGUAGCUGUUUCUGGAGUGGCCCUGCGUGUCUCCAAUCAUCUUGUUUCUACCAUUACACCCAAUUGUGCAAAGCAAGAGGGUAGCAAGGAUCACAAACAAAGGUAUGCCUCAUGUUCUUGCAAUCAAGACCAGUGUAAAACUUUAUCAGUGAAUCAUGCAACUGUGAACUGCAUAGAGGACCACACUGAGCACAUGCAGUGUCACUUGGCCUGUGCAAAAGGUUUAUCAUUGAAAUCUGUGUGUGGCAAGCAUCUAAGCCUUCUCCAGACAGAAGUUUCCCUCUUUUGCAAGCAUGGAAAAUGGGACGGAGCUGUGACCUGUGAACCCAUUGACUGCGGAAUUCCUGACCACUCUCAUGUCUAUCAUGCCACCUUCUUUUGCCCGGAAGGCACUACUUUUGGAAGCCGCUGCAUCUUCUCAUGUAAUCCACCAGCUAUAUUACAAGGUGAUAAUUACUUCCUGAAGUGUAUGGAAGAUGGCCUGUGGUCGUUCCCUGAAGCCUUCUGCAAGGUGGAAUGCCUUGCCCCUCCACCAGUGACUAAUGCCAGGCUGCUGGUGCCAAGAUGCCUCCAAGGAUCUCAUGACGUUGGUUCCAUCUGCAGAUACAAGUGCAACCCUGGCUAUUACAUACACGGGACCAAUGAUAAGCGGUCCAGGAAGAGGUUUCUGAAGCUGCAGUGUUUAGAAGGAGGAUAUUGGGAAGAAGGUGGCUGCAACCCUGUGCUUUGUGACCGACCUCCCUUGGUCUUCGAAGGGAUGUACAGUUGCACCAACGGGUUUGAGUUUGACACUCGCUGCAUUAUUACUUGCUAUGACCACACUAAAAAGGGCCCAAUCCGUUGCACUAAAGAUGGGACUUGGACAGAAGACUUUACUUUGUGUGACCAAGUGCAUGGAGAGUGCCUGCCUCCUCCAGAGCUGAACUUGGUGGAAUAUCGAUGUGUUGAUGGCUACAAAAUAGGUUCCAUGUGUGACGCAUCCUGUGUGAUACCUCCCAGUGACGUGGUGGUUUUGCCCAGUAACGUAACUGCUGACACGAUGGUGCACUGGAUGGAACCACCCAGGGUGCAGAGUAUUGUGUGCACAGGACUGCUCCAGUGGUAUCCAAAACCCCAUCUCAUCCAUUGUAUCCAGUCAUGUGAGCCUUUUCAAGCGGAUGGUUGGUGUGACACAAUCAACAACAGGGCAUUCUGCCAGUAUGACGGAGGGGACUGCUGCCCAUCCACGCUCUCUUCCAGAAAGGUAAUUCCCUUUGCUGCUGACUGUGAUGAUCAGGAUGAAUGUACUUGCCGGGACCCAAAUGCAGAGGAGAACCUUCAGAAAGAAAGGCAACUUGGAUUUCACUAACAUGGAAGAGAAGUGGACACUGUACCUUCUGGCCUCGGACCAGCAGUAAUGUCACAAACACCUUAUUUUGUUCUAUUUAAAGAAAGUAAGAGUUACAAAGGCAAUGUUUUUUUUUCUCUGUGAACUUAUGGAGGUCAGUGUGAGAAACAAAUGAAACUGUCUUAACAAUGGACAUAAAUGAUUAAAAAUUCAGCAGUUUCAUUCUGACACCUAGAGGCUAAACUGUGCAGAAGUCAGAUGGUUGCUGCAGUGUGAGAUACAACAUGAGAUUUGCAUUUGACUCGUGCUCCUCCUGCAUUCGCUUAAGUUACACUAUCACUACUAGACUUUUAUCCAAACUUUUAUCUCAUUACCUUUGCUUCAGAGCUCAUCGAAAGUGUCAAGCUCCCUACCUCCAUCAGUUCUCUUGCCCACUUUCAGACAUUACUUUGAAGCCAUUCUUCCUGACUUACGCCAUUUCCUCUGAUUUGAAUCUCACUCACUGCCAUCCUUCACCUAAGAUGGGGGAAUCAAUAUGACUCAAUAUUGUGCUAAAUGGCCAUAUGCUAACUGCAACAUCAUUACUCUGUUGGUAUUAUGAAUACAAGACACAGACGGAAGCCUCUUCAACCUACCCACACCAUUUCCAACCAACAUUGGCAUAUCUACAUCAACCCUGAGCAAAAAUACAAGUUGGUUGGUUGCAAGUAACAUGCUGGUAAAGCCUAUUGUGUAACUUAGAAUUCUAACACCUUCUACAGUCAAUUGGGAAAAUACCUCUGAAAUAAUAAAGGGAUUACAAGCCCUGCCAAAGCUGUGAGACAAGCUCAUGUUUGCUCUGCAUUGGAUAUACUGUAUGAAGACAGUCCAAUUCAAUACCAUGGUUUGUUUACCUGUAUAGUUAGCUCAUUAGUUUCUUAGUAUUCCAUGUUCAAACCCUUUCGAUUGUAAAAGCAGAAUGAGAAGCAGCCAACCCCGUUAACCUAUGCAGGUUUGUUAAUGGAAAAAGUUAAAACUAUACUGCGAUGUAACAUAGGCGGAGAUCAUUCAGCUUGGUGCACUUAAGCCAACAGUUAGUUAUUCAAGUAUUCAGUUGGUCAGUCAUUGCUGCUCUUUCUUCACAGCUAUCCGAGAGCACUCCACUUACAAUAUUUAUCCAAUUUCCAUCCAAAGUUACUUUGCUCUUUUCAGUCAAUACAACCUAGAUCACAACAGGUGUUCAAUUCAUCUAAGGUUGUUUGAAAAUCAUCUUAUGUAUGCCCUGUCUACUGCCUCUUCUUAUAUAGCUUCUCCUUAUUUACUGAAUUAAAACUGUUCACAAUUCUGAACACCUCUAUCAAAUCUCCUUCUAACUUACCCCAUGCAGGAAUUCACCAAUUGCUAGUCUCCAACAAAGCCCUUCAUCCAUGGCUCCUUUUUGAGUGAAUCUUUUCUUUAAACUAUGUUCAAGUACAUGUAUAGGGUUAGUUUAGAGUGAUAUGGGCCAAAAGUAGGCAGGUGGGACUAGUUUAGAUGGUGCAUGUUGGUCGGCGUGGGCAAGUUGGGCAAACAAGCCUGUUUCCAUGCUGUAUCACUUUAUGCCACUUUACCUCCAAGUCUCUGUUGCCCCUCAAAAGGAUUAUGGCAGAUCCGAUUGUAACCUCAAUUCUGCAAGGCCGUCUACCACCAGUAAGCUUUCAGCCAGUGUUUAUAGUAAUGUGCAGGUUUUGGAUAGUACAACAAAGUCUUUAGCCUACAUUAGUUAAACCAAAAUCAUUGUGAAAUUAAGACAGAAACACAAGGAACUGCAGAUGCUGGUUAACAAAACAAAGAGACACAAAAUGCUGGAGUAAUUCAGCGGGUCAGACAUGAAUAGGUGACAUUUCAGGUGAAGACCUUUCUUCAGACUGAUCAAAUUAAUUCUGUGUCUAAACCUUGCCAAGGCGUUGAUAACAGCUGAGUCGAAGUAACAAAACUUUUGAAUAAAGUAAAUAACCUAAAUUAAUAGUAAGAGAUUUUGAUCAAAUUCAUCGUAUGAAAGAUCACACAAGGCGAACAAUUUCCCUUAAAAGUGAUCUAAUUGGUCCCACAUCUAUUUCAUAAACUUGAACAGUUUUUUUCAAAAAAUGUAAGGUCCAAAUAAUAACAAAACCAUCUGUUUUACCUCCUGCUCCCACGUUCUAAUUCAAUAUCAAACUACGUUGAAUCUUCAAUUACCUUUGACUUUUCUUUCUCUUCUUUUGAAUUUGUCUGCUGUCCUUUCCACUCUGUUCAAUUAUUCAACGGUAAAGGAUGUACUAAACAUAGUACGCAUCUUCAGCUGAAGUGAUUUUGUAAAGUUUUGAACACAUUUACUCAUUUAACCAGAUAAGGCCUUCUUUGCGACUUUUUCUAACUUGGAAAUAUUAGCACCAUCCAGCCUAGGGAGGUAGUCACCAUUUAUACCAGUCCAAUCACUGCAAAGGGAAAGAGUACUACAUAGCAGCAGAACACUGAUAUUGCAGAGUCCUUCCUGUAGUCUUCCUGAUGGACAAGUAGUUCCCCUCAAGGUGAACUGUGUUUCACAGCUUAAGACCGAAUGCAACAUCAAUGUUUCCAAGGCUUAGCGUUUCUAAGACACAUGCACGCAGAAAGAAUAUCACAAAGAGGCAACAGUAUUGGCAGCAUACAUGAGACCAGUGUGAACUAAGGAAUUCCAAAAGCAACAAACUUUCUGUGUCGGAUGUUUACCCGUCUUAGAGCUGCAAAGGAGGCUGGAGAGGAAACUUGUUAGGGCACUGCCUGACACUGCAGGACAAUAAUGUGAAGACUGAUUUUGCAAAAUGUAAUGUUUGUAUGGCCCAGACCACUAUGGGUUGAUGAUCAAUGCAGUGUAAUAUUGAGCCAUUUUAGCAGGUAGGGAUUAAUGUUUACUGCACGCUGUUAACAAUGAAAAUCAGUAAGAUUGAUCAACCUCUUUAAGGAUGUUCCAGACUAAUCACUUAACCUAACUUCUGAUGGCAAUAUCCUUAGUCUUAUGACCAGGCCUAGAGCUGACUUGACCCAAAAUUACCUCUCAAAGUCACUUUAUUUUCGAUCUUAAAUUCUCCCUCUGACAAAGCUUCUAUCAUUGGUUUUAAUAUCUUUGUGGCUCUGUUACAAAGUCUGGCUGAAAAUACUGCUGUGAAUCACCUUGGGACAUUUCACUGCAUUAAAACACAAUUUAAAUACAAUUGUUGUUCAUGGUACUUCACCUAGACCAAUUAAUGAUGGAUAAUGAUAUACAGCCACAAUAGUUUUCUUUUCAGUCUGCAUUUGUUCUGAUUCAGGCAUCUUCUGCUAUAGUCACAAUCCUCAUCAGGAUAUAAUUAUUAAUCCCUGGAAAGGUGUUUCUGGUUGCAAUGUCAUUGCAGGAGGUGGGAUGGAAUUAAGAUCAUUUGAAUCACCAUUGGCUGGCUGUGGGUACAGCGAUAAACAAGGUUCACAGUUUAGAUAUAGAACAAAGUACUAUUUUACAAACCCAUGUACAAGCACGAGCCAAGAAGUUGAAACAAGGAACUGCAGAUGCUGGUUUACAAAAAAAAUUACAAAGAGCUGGAGGUCUAACUCAUCGCGUCAGGCAGCAUCUUUGGAGAACAUGUUUCAGGUCAGUAAACUUCUUCUUAAGAGUCUGAAGAAGGGUAUUGACCCAAAAUGUCACCUAUAGAUGUUCUCCGGAGAUGCUUCCUGACCUGCGGAGUUACUCCAGCCCUUUAUGUUUUUUUAAGAGCCAAUAGGUUUGGAUUGGAAUGUACUGCCCUGCAAUGAUUCUCUGCAUCCAAUUGUUAAGCACCUUAUUACACAGUAAAAUAAUUUCUGACAAGCAUACACAAAAAGGUCUUAGAAUAUAUUUUGUCUAAAAUUUUUGAAAACGCUCAAGAGAGAAUCCUGCAGCACCUUUGUAUCUGUCUGCUAAGAUAAUGCUUUAGUUUAGUUUAGUUUAGAGAUACAUUUUGAAAACAGGCCCUUUGGCCCACCGAGUCUGCGUUGACCAGUGAUCCCCGUACACUAACACUAUUCUACACACAAGGAACAAUUUACAAUUUUUUUUACCGAGGCUAGUUAACCUACAAACCUGUGUGUCUUUUGAGUAUGGGAGAAAAUCUAAGCAUUGGGGAAAACCCACAGGGCCACCAGGAGAUCGUACAAAUUCUGUACAGACCGCACCCAUAGUCAGGAUUGAA